CCAAAAGCAAAAGGUUGAGUCAAGAGCGAAAACAUUAGGUUGGUGAAUUGGGGAUUAGGGUUUUGGGUGAAAAUGAUCGAGGUGGUUCUGAACGAUCGAUUGGGGAAGAAGGUGCGGGUGAAGUGCAAUGACGAUGACACAAUCGGGGACUUGAAGAAGCUGGUGGCGGCUCAGACGGGAACGAGAUCUGACAAGAUCCGCAUUCAGAAGUGGUACACCAUCUAUAAGGAUCACAUCACUCUCAAAGAUUACGAGAUCCACGACGGCAUGGGUCUCGAGCUCUACUAUAACUAAGCUCAAGGUGUGCUUUAUGCAUAACAUACUAUAUGCUGGGAACGGGAUAAAAGCGUCAAAUGUUUGUGUAACUUGUGAAAGACCUCUUGGAUUGGAAUAAUGUAUACAUCACCUUAGAUGAUAUUGGGUUUAAUUUACUGUUGGAAUCGUCAGUAACUGUAUUAUCCCCUUAUAUAUAUAUAUAUAUAUAUAUAUAUAUAUAUAUAUAUAUAUAUGUAUUUCUGACUUGUUCCUAGAUUCGUAUGAAUGCAGUAAUUCUGGUAGAGUCUGAUCUAUUUCAA